AUGUUAGGUGUUCGUCUGCUCCUCACAAUUACGUUCGAUCGAGAAAACAUCCCGAGAACAGAUCUUUUGAGUGCAGAAUAAUCGAUUCGUCAUCAUUUUUUCACGAAAGCUACUCCUAAAGUUUUCCUUGCUUCUGAAAAACUAGGAUCACUGUGAAUGAAAGUAUGAAUGCGUGGGAGGCAAAGGUGGAGAACCUUAAGCAGCAAGGAAAUGCAUGUGUUAAGGAGAAACAGUAUCAAAAGGCAAUGCUUCAUUACUCACACGCAAUCAAGUUAGAUCCACAAAAUUAUUCUCUCUACAGCAACAGAUCCUUUACCUUCCUAAUGAUGGAACGGUAUCGCGACGCUUUCAACGACGCUCUCAUAACCAUUCAACUGAAGCCUGAUUGGUCAAAAGGUUAUUUUAGGAGAGGCGAGGUUGAAUUGAAACUAUCCUCUUAUGAUGAAGCUCUUAAAUCAUACAACAAAGCUCUAUCUUUACAACCAAAUGAACCUAAAAUUUUAGAAGCAAUGAAUAAAGCAUCUAGAUUAUUGAUUAAAGACAGAAGAGCUGAUCAGCAGAUUCCAUGGGUGGGAGCUGGUGUUGGUAUUAUAUUAGGAGUCACGGUUGUGAUCGCCGACUAUGUUUUUACAAACAAACCUACUCUAACGCAUCCUCUAUUGAUGGCGUUAUUAACAAUGUCAAUAGCUAUGAUUGGUUUUGGCAUCGCAAAGGGACUUCGUUACUUCCUAAAACAUCAAAGAGAAUCAAUCCUAAAUUUAGAAAAUUUUUCUAUGUGUUUGCGAAAGAUCCUUGAAUUGAAUGAUACCUAUAUAAAAGAAAAUACACAAAGAAAAAAGAAAAAAGUGCGAUAAAGUAACAAGCAACUAGCAGCGAUUCUGCAAAGAAAAAUAUAAGUCUUUUUGAUAAUUUAUAAUACACUUUCAAAAAUUUAAUUUAAGAAAUACAGUAAUGUUUCACCGUUAUUUAUGCAUGUACAUAUAACUUAGCUGCAUAAAACUAAUGCAUGACUAUGACGUCUGUUGAACGAUAUACUGUGUGUUUUUUAUUGAAAAUAUAUAUUUUACAUAUUUUUAAUAUUACAAAAGAAUUUAUAUAUUUUCAAAGUACGUGAUGAAUAAGUUUGUUUCUAUAAACUAAACUGCAAAAGAAAACUACGAUGAAACAAAUUAAUAAUUA